AUGGCCAAGUGCGCGCUGGACCUGCAGCAGGCAUAUCUGGCCUCACGCGAGUGGGGCGUCAGCACAGUCUUGAUCAUGCGGGGUCGGGACAAGUUGCGUCGCUUGAGCGACACGACCUUUGCCAUUGCGGUCGUGUCCAUGAUGGGUUUUGGCCUCCAUGAACUCAUCAACGUCAAGCCGACGGACAAGUGCCCGCUCUGCAGCAGCAAGACACCUCAGCCGCGACUAACCCGCGAGCACCUGCUGACCUGCCGUCCCAUCAAGCGACACAACGCCCUUCGCGACGAGAUGGGCCGCCUGCUCAGGUACGCCACCCUCUCCCAUGUCUGGGUGGAAAAGUCUGGCUACAACGCCAACGGUCAGAGCUGCCGCAUCGACCUGCACUGCCGCAACCCCUUUCCCGGCGGUGCACUGGGCCCAGCUCUGCCCGACCUGGGCAUUGACGUGACUGUGCGCACAGCCCAACCCCCGACCACCUCGCAAGCCUGCAUCAAGGUGGGCGCUGCCCUUCGCCGAGCCGAAAAGGAGAAGCGCGACUACUACACCGGUUUCAACCAUGGAAAAACUCUGAUCGUCCCUGCGGCGAUGACGACGUAA